AUGGCGUGCUCCCAUGCUCAGGGUCAUUAUUACCUCCUCCUCACUGGCAUUGCUGCUGCUUUUGUCGCGGUGAUGUCGUUCUUUCUUCGGUAUUCUGGUCGGCGACUGCGGUGGCGAGGUCGUGCCCGUGGUGGACUUCCGCCGGGGCCUCCGGGGUUGCCCAACCUGUUGGCCAUGGACCAGUUCACCCACCGCGGCCUGGCCAAGCUCGCCAAGGUUCACGGAGGCUUCUUCCACCUCCCCAUCGGCUUCGCCAACGUCUUGGUGGUAUCCUCCCCGGAGACUGCCCGAGAGAUCCUGCAGGAGCAGGCCAGCGUGUUCUCGCACCGCCCCGUGACCGCCGCCAUGGCGUACGUCUCGUACGACCUCGCCGACAUGGCGUUCGCGCGGUACGGGCCGUUCUGGCGCCAGAUGCGCAAGCUCUGCGCCGUCAAGCUCUUCAGCCGUGGGCGCAAUCAGUCGUGGCGCACCGUGCGCUCCGAGGUGGACGUCCUCGUCAGGAGGACGAGAGCAGCGAGGCAUGCCCUGGACGUGUUCAUCGACCGCAUCAUUGACGAGCACGUCGCCAGGUGGGAGAACGGCGACGUGUCCGCCGCAGACAUGGUGGACGACAUGAUCGCCUACCUCGCCGAGACGCCGGGGAGAGACACGAGGGAGGACGGCGUCGAGCUCAAGGAUCUCCGGCUCACCAGAGAAAACAUCAAAGGAUUGAUCAUGGACAUCAUGUUCGGCGGUACAGAGACCGUCGCGGCGACGCUCGAGUGGGGCAUGGUGGAGCUGCUCCGGAGCCCCGGAGAGCUGGAGCGCGCGCAGAACGAGCUCGCCCGUGUCGUGGGUCUCCACCGGAAGGUGAACGAGUGCGACCUCGACAAGCUGCCCUACCUCCGGUGCAUCUGCAAGGAGUGCCUCCAGGACUGCGCCGUGGGCGGGCACGUUGUCCCGCGCAACUCCCGCGUCUGGAUCAACAUCUGGGCCAUGGGCCGCGACGAGAGGCACUGGGAGGACGCCGACGAGUUCCGCCCCUCGAGGUUCGCCGGCGACGUCAGGAGCGGCGCCGGCGACGGCGACUUCUGGAGGCAAGACGAUCUAGAGAUAAAAUUUGACAGACUGCAAAAGGAACAUAAGCACCUUGAAGAGCAAUAUUCUGCUACCAAUAAUAAAUUAGAAUUAUCUUUACUGGUUUUAGAAGAGAGUAAAGUUUCUCUAGGAAGAAUUAGCUUGAAUAGUGAUUAUAUUAAAAAAGAUAUAACUUAUCUAUAUAAGAAGAUUGAUAAUAUUAAUAUUGUUGAGCAUAACAAAGAAAUUGUGUUAUCAUCAGCAGGAAUAGUUAAGUCUACCAGAUCUUUAAACUCAGAAAAAUGGAAGUAUCUGAGAGUCUCUCUAGAAGAGAAGUCACUCCAACUAGUAAAUAGAGACAUGAGAUCUUUAGGUUUUAUGGAAAAAUUAAUGGGAGGAUGUGAUGAUAUUGAAACCUUGGAAGAAAUGAUAGACAUAGAAAAAGAUCUUGAAAGAUAUCAGAAAGAUACCCUAUGGAAAAUAAGACCUCAAUAA